GAAGGAUCAUAGCACUCACUGUGUGAGAUUUGUCUGCUCCUCUCUGACCCAGUUCUCUCUUGUUUCCAGCAUGGCGUAUCUGUGGCUCCCCAGAGGCUCCGGUGUGACAGCUCUGACAGUGACACUGAUGGUGCUGAGCCCUCCUGUGACUUUGGUCAGGGACACCCGACGGCGUUUCUUGGGGCAGAUGAAGGGUGAGUGCCGUUAUGUCAACGGGACGCAGCAGGUGCGGUUCCUGAACAGAUACAUCUACAACCAGGAGGUGUUCGUGCGCUUCGACAGCGAGGUGGGCAAGUUCCAGGCGGUGACCGAGCUGGGGCGGCCCAUCGCGGAGGACCUGAACAGCCAGAAGGACGUCCUGGACAAUUACCGGGCCGGGGUGGACAGGUGCAGAAACAACUACGACCUGGUCAGGCUCCUGUCAGGGCGGUCAGUUGCGCCCAGCAUGACUGUGUACCCCACAAAGACCCAGCCCCUGCAGCAUCACAACCUCCUGGUCUGCUCUGUGAGUGGCUUCUACCCAGGCCACAUUGAAGUCAGAUGGUUCCGGAAUGGCCAGGAGGAGGAGGCCGGGGUGGUGUCCACAGGCCUGAUCCAGAACGGGGACUGGACCUUCCAGACCCUGGUCAUGCUGGAAACAGUUCCUCAGAGUGGAGAGGUGUAUGCCUGCCAGGUGGAGCACCCGAGCUGGAGCAGCCCUGUCACCGUGGAGUGGAGGGCACGGUCUGGAUCUGCACUGAAUAAGAUGCUGAGUGGAGUUGGCGGCUUUGUGCUAGGGCUGCUCUUCCUCGGGGCGGGGCUGUUCAUCUACUCCAGGGCUUACGAAGCACACCCUGGACUGCAGCCAACAGGCUUCCUGAGCUGACAUGAAGGUGACAACACUGAAGGAUGAACCAGUGUCGCUAUCCCUCGACACUGUGCCAGGCUUCCUGCUUGACUCUCAUUCCUCCCCAGAGACCUGGGUCCCCCAGUUCAGUGACCUACAGAACAUGUCCUUCCUUAUGCUUCCUUGAGCACCGCUGACCUGGAAGCCCCAGUGCAGACUCCAGGACCUUCUCCUCCUUCUCCCCGGCCCCUUUGUGUUCAAUCCUUACUGUCUCCUGUGUCUCUGAACUCACUUUGGGCCACAUUAUAUUAUUAUAUUUUUCUCAAGCAAACAUGGAGUGAAAGAUCAUCUGCAUCAUAUGGUUCUGAGGACAAGAAAUAGAAAAGAGAGGAUAACAUCACAAUACAGAAAUGAUCUUCAUUUAUGUAUAAUUCGGUGAGGGGACACAUACGUCAAAUAGGUUGUUAACCAUUCCCCAAUGUAUUUGUCUAUCGAACAUCAUGCUGUACACCAUAAAUAAUUUUAUUUAUCAAUUUUUACUUGUAAUUAAAAAUGAGACAAAAAGCUUAAAAAGUCAGUGCCUCAAAUCUCAACACUAACUAGUGAUCAAAACAAAAUAACAGAAGAACUUGAUGAGAAGCAAGCUUAAAAAAGCAAGUAAACACUUUUACAAUUUCGACUAUAAUUUCAUACCUAUAAUUGCAAAUCUAAAUGCAUAGACCUUGUCAUCGUCCUGUUAUAGCAGGUGGAUGGCUGCCAGAGAAAGGCAUGUGAAUUGGUUGAUAAGAAGGGUUCUGCUGUUGUGAUCCAUCUGAGGAUUCAGCUGCUUCAAAUGUAAAUCAAAUCAAAAAGCAAAUAAUCAAUUUAGAAGUUUAUUUUAGAGGAAUAAUCAUCUGAAUAUAAUUUCUCCACCAUUACAUACAGCUCCUAAGUGCCCCACCUUGGUUUUCAGCUGUUAUUUAAGUUAAAGAAAAUAUCCAAAAGAAAUGGAAACAAAUGUCCUACCCCAAGAUAUGUGUGCAAAUGUUAAGAGAAGCAUUGGUUACAAGAGCCAAAACAGGAAACAAUCCAAAUAGCAGCCAAGUAGUAAAUUGAUAAACAAAACAUCCUAUACUUAUACAAUAUAAUACCAUUCGACAAUCAAAGGUUCCAUAUAACUUGUGGUAUUUGUUCCUCAAAGAUUACAAUUACUGAAGUAGAUUGAACUUGGGGUUUUAUUGUGGAAUAAAUUUAUCUUCUCGA